GAGCCCGGGGUUCAGUAAAUAUUUUGGCCCCCAAAGACCACCGGGCCUCAGUUUACGCCCGAAUCGCCGUGUCUGUUUCGUCGUCCGUCCAUCAACUCUUGUCUAAUGCUUGUUUGACCUUGGAUUAAGUCAUACCAUGCUGCAGUAAUUUCGUGAGCAAGUUGUUCAGCCCUAAGAUCUACUUUGUGAUUCUUGGCACACUUUUUGAUCUUAAUUCACACACACACACUCCUCGACCAUUCGAAUCUCAUCGAACAAAGCGUAUAGAAGAAAAGAGAUGAUAAAAUUUUUUAUCAAUGAACUGUCACAUACUUUAAUGUUGUGCAAAGAAAUCCUUUGAAACGCUCUAUUUUGUAACAAAAAAAACACCGAGAAGACAAUGUUAUACAAUUUGUAGGAGCGCAAUUGUGACGUGGUUUGCGUCCAUUUCGACAAUGGCGCGACGAAUGAACACGUCGUUUCUGUGUUUGGCAUUCUUUCUUUGUGUUAUCGUUGCCUUGCAAAUCGUGAACCAUUUUGAAAUAGACGAAAACACUGAAACGUUAUGCGAUUGCGAUGGAAAAGUCGACGAGGAAGAGAAACGCGGUGAUUUUGAACGUGCAAACACGUCGCCGGUCGAGAAAUCAGCCAAGCUCGAGUCAUACGUCGAAGGCAUGUUGGAAUUGCUCAGCAGUAUGAACGAAGUAGAAAAAUCUGAACUUGGGACGAAUUUUGACCGCCUGUACGAAGUCCUGAAAGAUAUGAAAGAGGCAAGAAACGGCAAUGCAAAUACACGAAAGCUGAGAGAGCAAUUCGUCCAAAGUCCAUCAGAUUCAAAGAGUACAGACAAUCAGGAAGUUUGCCCGGAAAAAUUCCUGGGAAAAACACUCACUUACGGCUACCCAUUCUUUCGAAAAGGUUUCGCAACUUUGAACUGUACUGAUUUUGUGCCAUUGCACGAGAUCGUGACGGUCGUUUUCGACGACGUUCAUACCAGCAAAAUGACCCCCCCGGCUUACGAGCGUGUUCUAGGAGGUAUUAAGAAAUACUAUCCAGAAUUGAACGUUGUUUAUUUCACAGAAAAUAACCCGGGGGAUGUGAAGAAGAUGAAAACAAACGUUAAAAUAGUUGAAGUCAAAAGCGGCACAAAACAGAGCAAAAUGUGGAGCACAGCAAUUUCCAAGGUGACCACAAAGUACGUUUUGGUCGCUCCACAGGUGACGGAAUUUGACGACGACAUUAACUUAAAGAGGCUCGUGCGCAUUUUGAGCGAACAGCCCGAUGUCACUUUUGCUUCGGGUUCGUAUCGCACACGCAAUGGACACUGGGAUAUCGGUUGUUUGCAGACGAUGUUCCAGAAUUACACGCUGACCUUUCAAGGCGGCUACUACAUGUCUUUCUGGGAUUGUGUUGUCUGUGAUUUCACGCCCGGACCGUGGUUGGCCCGCACGAAGGAUCUGCGGGAAUUGCAGUUUGAUCAGAACCUAGACUUCGGUGUUUUUUACGACCUCUUCUGGAAGAUGAAGAAGAAAAAGAGGAUAGCCGUGAGUUGUCCUGACGUGAUGUUCAACAUCGACAGAGGCAUUGUUGAAGAUGUGAAGUUCUUAGCAUUUGCAUCCAAGUAUGACAUACGAAAGAUAGUCGAACCGAACAAUCAAGUUCGAUGGUAUGGUUGCCGACAUGGCAUCAAACAUGGCAGAGGAAGUUCGUGUCGAAAGGAGAGAGGACUCGGAGUCCCGCCAUGCGAUCUUGAAAAUCUUGCUGAUGCUGUGAAACUUAUUAUGAGGGAAUGUGAAAAUGCAGGACUGUUUUGUGAGUUGCAAAUGGGAACCCUGUUAGGAGCAGUCAAGUUCAACAAAGUCUUGCCGUGGGAGCGAGACGCUGAUCUUACAUUCCUUACAGCCAACUACUCGGCCAUUAUAAAACUCGGAGAAAAAUUUCAAGCGGCCGGAUAUAGUUUCACUCCCCACAAGGAUUCCCUGUGGUGUUGUGUCGACGGUCGGCAGGCUGGGGGAGAGAUCUCCAUGACGGCUGACGGAUGGAAUGUUGAUUUGUAUGGACAACAUUUAAUGGAGUCCGAGAUGCUCGUUGCUCGCGGAGAAGCGCCAACGAAAAUCGACUUUGCCGGUCAAAUGGUCACGGUGGUCCGUAACCCCGGUCUAUUUGCCCGAAACCGCUACGGUUCAAAUCUUUAUCGGCACCAAGAGCAUUGGCUGGAUCGGGGCAAACAGUCAGGGUGGCAUUUCUACGAUCCGGGGAAGUUUGAAGGUUGUCCAAACCAACAGCACUCCGGAUGCCUUAGUCAGUAUUCUAUUGAUGGCAACAUGCAAUUUGACAAGAAUAUAUGCCCGUGCACCUAUCAGAUUCCGCAGAGGUGAGGGAGAUCGUGGGAAGGGUCAAACUCAUUCGGCAGAGGGGUAGGGUAAAGAUAAAAGAUAUGUCUAAGUGAAAAAAGUAAAAAGGCUUUGUAUUCCACGCUGAAGAGAGAAACGUGGCCAGCCAAUGAUUGAUUUUUUCCAUGAAAAAUUGUGACCCACUGUCUCAUGGAGUGGGUUGGCAACGUCAAAGAUUUUUGUACCUCAGCCAAGCUAAACUUCAAUCGUUCACAGAGAACGGACACAAUGACCCGUAAAGACUCUCAGCCAGUCGCAUGAAUCACUUUGUCUUCGAUUCCUUUUUCGCCCCGUACCAAUCUCUGCAUGCUCAUUAUCACAAUCGAGAUUAAUUAUUUAUUAGCACACACACAUUCACGCAAUCAAUCUGUCCUGUUGACAAAAAUAUCAGUGUAGUCGACACUCAGGUCUUUUUAGGCUAAAAAUAAAUGUAGUUAGUGGGUUUUUAAAUUAAAAGGGUUACAGCGU